CCUCAAUCAGCAAGCCUUGCCCAAUCCGGACGCGCCGAGGUCCAUGCACGUGAAUCGCGCCAUGACCACUCGUAAAGUCCACAAGUCUCAUCAGCGAACGCAUGACGACACUCUGUGAUGAAUUUGCGAUGAUCUAAUGUGAAAGAUCGUUCUCAAAAAAUGUGCAACCCUUGACCGUUAUCGUUCAGCUCCCUAGUACAGAACCUCGGACUGGACAGGCGGCAGAACGAAGGCAUCCAGCCCGCAGAUACGGCUUCGCCCUUGGGAACGACUCACUCUACUCCUCGCCGCGACUCUCCCUUUUUCUCUUCAAAAUGGCCGUUUGGGAACAGAUAGAGGCCACGCCAUCACACGUGACAUAUCUAAUCCUCUCCACCUUUCUGAUCUCCUACGCCCUCGGAGCGGCGUUCAUUCGAAAUCGCCUACAUCUCAGCGAGCCUCCCAUCGCCCUCCUGGUCGGCAUCGCCCUUGGUCCAAAGGGCUUAGGCUGGCUGACGCCGAACCUUCGCGGCGUGCUGGGCGAUCACUGGAAAGACAAUGCUGCAAACUCAGAACUGGGUGGAUGGGGCUGGGGUGACGAUGUUGUUCAGGAAAUGGCGAGAAUAAUCGUCGGUGUACAAGUCUUCACAACAGGGUUAUCCCUACCUCGGCACUACAUGAGGAGACACUGGAAAUCGGUCCUUUGGCUUGUCGCUCCUAUCAUGGCCGUCAGCUGGCUCAUCUGUGCGGCCUUUGUGACCUUCAUCUUCGAUGCUGAUUUUCCAACCGCCUUGACGAUAGCCGCGUGCCUGACUCCGACGGAUCCAGUGUUGUCGUCGUCGAUUCUCUCCAACAGCCAGUUUUCCAACAGGGUGCCAAAAAGAAUCAAGGACAUGCUUUCCGCGGAAUCCGGAGUGAACGACGGUACCGCGUUCCCCUUCCUAUUCGCUGGACUGGUUCUCCUCACAAAGGACUCAGCUGGCGAGGCGGUGAAGGAAUGGUUCCUCAUCACGAUCCUUUGGCAAUGUUGUUUCGGAUUGCUCACUGGGUUGAUCCUGGGAACCGCCGCCAACCGCGUACUGCGAAUCAGUUCGAAAUCCGGAUUUAUGGACCCUAGCGGAUUCAUCGUAUUUUAUUUACUUCUUGCGCUGCUUUCUUGUGGAAUUGGCAGCACGCUUGGCGCUGAUGACUUUCUGGUCGCCUUUGGCGCAGGCUACGGCUUCGCUCGCGACGGAUGGUUCUCCAAAAAGACGAAAGAAGCAGAUCUGCCCGAUGUCAUCGACUUGCUGCUCAAUAGCGCCAUGUUCGUAUUCUUAGGGUCAUUGAUCCCGUGGUACGCAUUCGAGCCGACAACAAUCACGCCGAGCAUUACCCCUGGCAAACUGAUCGGCUUCUUAGUGCUGGUUCUGCUCUUCCGCAGGCUGCCGAUUAUCCUUUGUUGUUACCGCUGGAUACCUGACAUUCGCACCCUCCGCGAAGCGCUUUUCUGCGGUCAUUUCGGACCCAUGGGCCUCGGCGCUAUCUUCCUCGCCAUCGAAGCUCGCGCUCAGCUCGAAAAUGGGACUUCAUUACCGGAGAAGAACCCUCCAGAGUAUGGCUACCCAUACACAAACAGAGAGCGCGCCGUUCAUCUAAUCUGGCCUCUCGUAUGUUUCAUCGUCCUCGGAUCCACCAUGAUUCACGGUUUGUCGGUGGCGGCGAUGAGCGUAUAUUCUCAUUUCAAAAGACCAAAGGAGAACCGCGCUGGCAUUUUGGCGGCCGAGACUGAUCCACUCGAAGGAAUGGAGCAUUCAGACGAGUAUGGCAACAGUGCGUCCGAAGACAGCGAGGACGAUUAA